AUGAUACUUUUAUAUCAUAAUACAAUAGAUAGCAGAUAACAUUUCUAAAGAGGAACCAAUUCAUAAGCAAUUCCAGAGUUGAGUUCCAGAUUCUUAAUUCAAAUUAUCUUUAAUCUAAAACCUUCAUAAUAAUAUUUUAAUAUAAGUUGA